AUGGAAAGAGUGAAAGUCUUCCUGCGAGUGAAGGGAGAGAAGAGAGACGGGUCAUUUAUGUUUUCUGAUAAUUCAGUUAUAGACAAAACUGGGAUGUAUGACUUUGAUAGAAUAUUUUAUGGAUCAAAUCAGGAUGAUGUGUUCCAAAGUGUAUCUCCACUGAUUAGCAUGGCCUUAAAUGGGUAUAGCACAACAGUAUUUACAUAUGGGCAAACUGGGAGUGGUAAGACAUAUACAAUGGAAGGGACAGAAGAGAGUUUGGGGCUUAUUCCACUAACUAUAAAGAAGAUAUAUUCAGAGAAUGUUAGUAAAGUUACUUUGUCCGUUAUAGAAGUGUAUAAUGAAAAGAUUUACGAUUUACUAUCUAUGAAUCAGGUGAAUGUAAGGGAGAGCACGGCUGGUGUGGUUCUGGAUAGGAUUCAGGUGGUAGAGUGCAAUAAGUUUGAGGAGGCAAUGGAAGUGUUUCGGAGUGGAAUACGAAACAGAACGACUGGAUCAAAUGGAGUAAAUUCCCGGAGCAGUCGCAGUCACAUGGUAUUUACCAUUUCAUUAGAAAAGCCCAGUGAAACCUAUACAAUUGAGUCAAAAAUAACACUAGUGGACUUGGCUGGAUCUGAAAAGCUGUCAUAUGACAGUUCUGUAAAGAGUGAGCGAGAAGAUGCAAGGCAGUCGAUUGGCUUUAUGAGCAAAAGACUGAAAACAUCUGAAAAAACGUUAGAAACAAGUAAUAUAAACAAAAGUCUUCUGUGUCUCAGCAGAAUAAUAAGCACCCUUUCAGCAGACAGCAAGGCAAAGCACAUAAACUACAGAGACUCAAAGCUUACUUUUAUAUUAAGAGACUCUCUUAGUCAGAACUCCAAUCUGGCGAUAAUUGGAACAGUAGAUCCAGAGGACCAAACAGAAACAAAAAGUACAAUUAGCUUCCUUUCGGCUGCAAAGAAAAUAAAACUAACCCCGCAGCUUAAAACUAAUGAGAAAGUAGCAGAAAAGCUAAUUAACCAGAUAAAGUGCUUAACUGCACAGAAUCAGAAUUUAAAAGAUCAGGCUGAGUAUUCUGCAGGAAAAAGCCCAAAAAAACAGUGCAAAAGUGUAUUUAGAGGCCAUAUCUUCCUCAAUAGAAGAGAUGACUGCACUAAUUCAGAGAGUAACUGCCGCGACAUCCUCUGCCAACAGAAUACAUGA